CUUUCAUCAACUUUGAAAGACAUUUUGAGGAAUACAAAGCACACGACACCGAAACAAUAUACAACACCACACGACGAAUUGCCAUAUAGCAAAUCAGUAAUCAUGUUCCAGAAUACCCUCGCCCUUCUCCUUCAAUUCUUCUUCUUCGCUUUGGCAUUUGCUCAACCUAUUGAGACUGCUGGACAUGGCAAUGCAUGGAAAUACGGUUCCGGCGGUGGAGUUAUUGGAUUUAUCGUAUUAAUCCUCGAUAUUAUCGUCUUCAUCGAGGUCCUCAAAUCCAACCGUCCUCCUUCCCACAAACUCCUUUGGUGCUUGGUCGUCUUCCUCUUCCCUAUUCUCGGUUUGGUCGUCUAUUGGUUGUUCUCGAACAGAGAGGCACACAACUCUGGAAGCGGCUCGUACGAAGCUAUUCCAUAAGUGGAUGAGGCUGUGCAAUAUCGUGGUGAUACUAUCGGGUGAUGGUACGACGAACACAGAUAAGACGAGAAUGAUGAAGGAGUUAUGGUGAUGAUGAUCAUGGCAUGGAUUGGCUUCGUUGAGGGAUUGUUUCCUGCGGCAUAUACGACUAAGCGGAUUUGGGUUUUGGGGAUUGAGAUCUGAGGAAAUUGUGAAAGGAGUAUGGAAUUUUGCUAGCAUGCUAUAAUGAAUGAACU